AUGUAAAAUAGGGGACAUUUUGGUGCUGUCAAGGAAGGGUGACUUGUUCGAUUAAACAUAUUUCAAAUGAUCAAGGAUGGAAAGCCUUUAAUGAGGGACUGUCGCUGUCGGUGCGGAUGAUAAACUCAAAGUUGUCCCGUAUAUGACGGCUUUAUUUCCGUGUGGCUUUGCUAGUAGCACCGAGGACCGUAGCAUAAACACGUCCACAUGUCCCGAUAAACUAUGGACGGGUGGAGCCCAAUCGUUGCAACAGCCUCGGAUAACGACCGCUCCAGCUCCGAGGGGGAGUACAUGCUGGAGCCCGGACGGGAAGAUGAAACCCGGGAGGAGGUGGACAGAGAGCACCCGGAGAGGAUGGACCCCGGGGGUACCGCUGCUGUCGGGUUUGGGAUCAGUGGGACCGGGGAGGGCAAGGUGGUGUUGGGUCGAGUCGGACAGAGGGACGACCAGGAGCUCAGGUACCUGCACUUGUUGUGGGAGCCCGGACGAGCUGAGCUUGGAGCCGGUGGAGUGGCGAGCAAGAUGGGGAAGGUGACGGGGAGGAGGGCCAGGCGGCAGCACAGAGUGGUCCGGGCCCCCAUGGGGAAAGAUAUUUAUGCCGCAAAAAGACUGAGGGAAGCAGCAAACAGCAACGACAUCGACACAGUUCGAAAGCUCCUGCAAGAUGACACGGACCCAUGUGCGGCAGACGACAAGGGAAGGACAGCCCUGCAUUUCUCUUCCUGCAAUGGCAAUGAGAGCAUUGUGCAACUAUUGCUGAGCCACGGUGCUGACCCCAACCAGCGAGACAGCCUGGGGAAUACCCCCCUCCAUCUGGCGGCCUGUACCAACCAUGUGCCUGUAAUCACCACAUUGCUGAGAGGAGGAGCCCGUGUUGAUGCCCUCGACCGAGCAGGCAGGACCCCUCUGCAUCUAGCUCGCUCCAAGCUCAAUAUUCUGCAGGAGGGAGAUUCACGCAGCUUAGAAACCCUGAGAGGGGAAGUCACACAGAUCAUUCAAAUGCUGAGGGAAUACCUGAACCUAAUGGGCCAGAGUGAAGCUAAAGAGAGGCUGGAGCACAUUUCUACACAGCUGCAGCACACACGCACCAAAGAGCAGGUGGAUGAGGUGACCGAUUUAUUGGCCAGUUUUACAUCACUCAGUCUACAGAAACAGAAUUUGGGGGAUAGGUAGAAGAAAAGGUGUAUAGAGAGCUGAAGUCUUGCUACUUUUCAAGGAAGCCUCUGCUGCACUAGCCUUAACUAGACAAGCAAAUUCUAAACCAUACUGAACCACAAUGCUGUUUAAACUCAAUAAUUAAUCUACAGCAUUACUCUAAAGGACAGUGCCAUUUGAACACCCUGUCAUUUUAUGCAAGAUAACACAAUUAUUAUUUUGUGGGCAUUUAAAGCUCUGAUGAGGUUUUAAUAGUGUUCCUUUGACUAAAACCAUAAUACUGAAAUUGCUGACAAAAAUAUUAUUUUCUGGGUUAAAAUGAAAAGAUGCUCAAAUGUUAAUGCCCAGUACAUCAGUAUAGUAGAUGUCUUUUUUUUUUUAGACAGAAAAGAUGUUAUCAUUUCAGAAAAAAAGGAUAAAAGAAACCCCUUAGGGAAAUAUACAUUGAGAACAGGAAGCUAGUGUAACAGAAGCCAACCCAGAAGUGCAAUGGGAUCUUGGCUCUCUAUUGUGUGUUUGUGUGUCUGUGUGGGAGAGAGAAAGAGUCACAGCUGUGUCUAAGUGCUGACAUGUUCUCUUUUUGCCUGCCAUUAUUAUCUACGAUAAUUAAGAGAAAUAUUUCUCAUGAAAUGAUUAAACAGUUUUCACUGUUGUAAUUUUGGUUUUCUUAUUGACAGCUUCUUUGUAUCUCGUUGCCUUUUCUCUUGUAUUGCAUGUUAUGUUUGUAUGUGAACCGUACUGUAAAACAAAUAUUUGAAUUAUUUGACUGUUGUUGGAAAUGGAUAAAUGUGAUUCAA